ACCCCAUGGCACCCCAUAAAUCCCCCAUAGGUGCAAUACAGCAGCUGGGGCUUCGUGGAGAAGAACCGCGACCACCGUUUAUGAGGAGCUGCUGGACGUCGUCAGGGCCAGCGGGGACCCCACCAUCGCCUCCCUCUUCCGGGUCGACGAAUCGACCAAUCAGACGCAGCCUUACAAAAUCCGCUCCGCCCGCCCCGCCAAUCAGAACGCCCGACAGGGAGAACCGCAAGACGGUGGGCCAGCAGUUUCGGGGUUCCCUGCGGCUGCUGAUGGAAACCCUGAACUCCACCACGCCGCACUACGUGCGCUGCCUCAAACCCAACGAGCAGCGCCAGCCCUUCCGGUUCGACCCCAAAAGGGCCGUGCAGCAACUGAGGGCCUGUGGGGUUUUGGAGACGGUUCGCAUCAGCGCUGCGGGGUUUCCUUCCAGAUGCUCCUAUCAGGACUUCCUGAAUCGUUAUCGAGUCUUAAUUAAGAAGCGCGACCCCGUUAAGAAGGACCCCAAAUUAAUCUGCCAGGACCUGUUGCAGGACCUCAUUAAGGACCCGGCGCACUUCCGGUUAGGCCGCACCAAACUCUUCUUCCGGUCCUCCCAAGUCGCCUAUUUAGAGAAGCUGCGGGCGGAGCGGCUCCUGGCGGCCGCCAUUUUGAUUCAGGCGACGUACAGGGGGUGGUUGCAGAGGCGGGACUUCCGGCGGAAGCGGCUGGCGGCCGCCAUCUUGCAACGUCACAUCCGGGGCUUUUUGGCGCGCAGGCGCUACCAGAAGCUGCGGGCGGCCGCCAUUAAGAUCCAGGCCUUCGUUAGGGGCGCCUUAAUUAGGAGCAAUUACCAACAGGCCCGGGCCGAGCGCAGCGCCGUCACCAUUCAACGUCACUUCCGGGGUUUUGCGGCCCGUUUCCGGUACCGGCGCCUCCGCGCUGCCGCCAUUACGUUGCAAUGCUUCUACCGGCGGCGGGCGGCGCGGCGGCGCCUGGAGGAGCUGCGAUCCCAGCGGGGAUCGAAGGGCGGCGCCGAGCGGCUGGGAGCCGGCAUGGAGCAGAAGGUGGUGCAGCUGCAGCGCAGGAUCCACCAGCAGGAGCGAUCCCAUAAAGCCCUACAGGACGAGGUGGCCGGGCUGCAGAAGGAACUUCGGGAUCGGGAACGGGAUGAAGAGCGGCGCCUCAAAACCCUACAAGAGGAAAUGGGGCGCCUGCGCAAGGUGUGGGGGGCUGCGACCCCAUAAGGACCCCAUAAGAAAUCCUAUAGGGAGCGGCGACCCCAUAAAGCCAGCCUUGACCCUAUAAAGCCAACCGCGACCCUAUAAACCCAUCCAACCCAUCCCUGACCCCAUAAACCCAACCUUGACCCCAUAAACCCAACCUUGGC